AUUUCAUGUAUCUAAAACCCGCACAAUACUAUUGGUGUCUUUCCCCAGUUCCCAGUGGCCCUUCCAGAAUUGAAUAGAAUAAAUAUACAUAAAACUAAAAGGAGAAAGAUGGACAACUUACUGUUGUCCGAACCUGCUGAGGAUCAAACAUGUUCACGUGAGUCUGGUACCUCAAAUUCAAAAUCAGAAUAUGGAGCUCAAGGUGGCGAACAAAGACCAAGAACAAGAACCAGAUCAAGAAAUAUGAAUCACAGUAGAGAUGAGAGGUCCAGAUCUAGAUCACCAUAUCACAGAAGGUCCCACAAUCACAGAGAUCAUUCCAAGUCACCUAGUCAAACAGACGAAGGAAAGAUUCCUGAAGUUCUAGAGUUGAAUGUUGGAGGACAAAUUUUUCAUACAACAUUGAAGACAAUUACAAAGUACCCAGAAUCCUUCUUAGGUGCCAUGUUUAGUGGUCGGCACAAUCUAAAUUUGGAUAACAAAGGUCGAUAUUUUAUUGAUAGAAAUGGUGAUCAUUUUGAACACAUUUUAGAAUUUCUAAGAGACGAAACAUACAUACCUCCAAAGGGUGUUGUUGCAGCAGUGUUUCGGGAUGCUGAUUACUUUGCUAUUACAGCUUUACGAGAUAAAUUACUCAAACUGCCACCUCUGUAUCCAUUUUACGGCAAUAGACCAGACCCAAUAGACAAUUACACCGAAAUAAAAGAAAUUGUUUUGGAAGCAGCUUAUGAUUUCAAAACAGCAACAGCACAUGGACAGACAGUGGUUUAUCUAAUAUAUCUAAAUGAACAACAGCCAGAAGGUGGUAUAGGUUUUGUUUAUUACAAUGAACGCCACCAUGUAUUAGAUUUUGCCGUACCUUUUGAUGGAGGCGACAAUACACAAAUGAUUGACCAUUACAACAAGGAGUCUGAAGAUUUCCCAAUGACAAUUCCACUGAAGGUUAGCGACAAACAUCAAGCACUAUCUAUCUCAAACUGUAUAGUGCACGAUUUAACAAAACAAGGAUUGGAUAUUAAACUAGAGGAUGAAGAAUGUACCACUGAGGGAUCUGAGACAGUGUUUGGAUUUACAACAAAGAAGUAUGGUGAAAUGGAAUGUAAACCUUGUUUCUGUCAUAGUAAAUUUACAUUUUCAUGGUCAAAAUGAGGUGAUAUGUUCAACAAAAACAAAGAAAUAUGUCAGCAGUGUAUUACUGUUAUAGUAAAUUUACAUUUUAUUGCUCAAAGUCAGGUGAAAAUACAACAAAAGCAAAGUCCAGAUAAAUCUCAUAGUUCUUAAAGAAUGUUUAUACAUUGUAUGUGUAUGUUGAAAACUGACAUGUAAAGGAGAAAAAAAGUAUUAGUGUUAAAAGGUCAUUACUUAAUUAUAUAGCAAUCUCUAUUUAUUUUUAAAUGGUAACUAAGUAGUAGAAAGAGAUAACUUAUUCUUUAUUAGAUAAACUGAACACAUUACAAUUCAGAUGAAAGGUUUUUAAUAAAUUCAUUGAGAAUAUACUGUAAAUUCAGAAAUUACUGCUUGUUUUUAUAUGCCUGUUUUUUGGAUGUAUUAUGGUAUACAGUUGUCCAUCCGUCUGUCUGUUGUCAACAUGUCGGACAAUAACUCAAAAGCAAUUAAACCAAUUUGCAAGAAACUUCUGUGAAUUGUUUAUAUCUAUUGUCAUUAUUAACGUGAGCUCUCUUUUGUUUUUUAAUCAAAAGGGGAAUUUUUCUAGUUAUCAAAAAAAUAAUUCAAAAAAAAAUAAUUCAAAAAAGCUUUCAGCAGUUUUCAUGAAACUUCAUUUUGUAGUGGAAUGCCCUGAAAACAAACAUACAAAAUGGAAGGGACUUUCAUUCUAAAUAAAAUUUUCCCUUAGAAUUCAAAUACAGUUUAAUUGGUUGAGGUUCAGUGAGUCAAAAAAAUUGAGUAUGUCAGUGUCAAGAUUUAUAUGUACUUGUUGAGAUAUAAUACAGGAUAUUUGCAUGCCAGAAACAUGUAGUAAUGAUGUAGUUUAUUUUUUACGUACUGGUAUUAGAAAGGGUUUAUAUUCUAUUGUAUUUAUCGUCAAACACAAUCUGCCAGUGUUCUCCCCUGGGCCUGAAAGCACUAUGGUACCCUGGUGCUAUCGUUGAUGAUUCUAUUAUUGAAUGUAUAGGGCCAUGGUGCUAUCGUGGAUAACUCUAUAAUAGAAUGUAUAGAGGUCAUGGUGCUAUAUUUUGGAAAACCAGUUAUAAUGUUAAUUUCCAUGGUACCAUUUGAAUAUUCUGGGGUAGAACAUUGCAUCUGGUAUAGAGUACUAGUAAUUGUAUAUUCAUUUAGUGUAAAAUAUUUCACAAAUUACUGUAUAAUUAAUACUAUAUACAUGUAUAUGAAGGUUAAUUG